AUGGCGAAGAAGAAGGAUAACAGCGUCACAAUCCUGGAGAUUGUCUGGACCGACGACUUGGUCUGGCAGCUAUUGGCGCAGAUUGAACUUUCGGAGAACAGAGUCGUGCUUCUAGGCAAACGGAAGAAGGGCAAGAACACGUCAGGAGAUAGCAAAGUGACGGUAUAUCAGCGCAUGGCGGCUGCCGUUUUCCCGCAAUUGCACAGCCAGAAUGCUGUUGCAAUGGGGGACCGAGUCAAACGAAAGUAUGAGUACUUAAUGAAAAAAUACAAGGUGCAUGCUCGACAUCUCCAAACAACUGGUGAAGGGAUCCAAUCUGAUGCAAACGGCAAUGUCUCUGACAACAAAUUUUUCGAAUGCUAUGUCCCUGCUGAUGGACCCGACACAACCACAACUCCGAAAGCACAGUGUAUUUGGGGGUCAUAUCUGGCUGACACAAAGUGCGAAGAACCAUAA